AAUUUAUUUAGGAAUAUUGGUUUUUUUAACAUGAAAUACUAAAAAAAUGCAGAAAAAAGAUACGAACAAAGCUGAUCUUUCGAAAGCAGUUCACUCAAAAAAUAUAGACGAAGUAUUGGAAAAAGUGACAGAGAUCGAUUAUCGCUGUUCCUUUGAUAAAUGCAAGAACCGUACACAUAAUUUUGCCAUAGACUGUAAGUUUUGUAAAGGCCGUUUUUGUACCAGCCACGGCUUGCCAGAAAUUCAUGGAUGUGGCGAAGCAGUGAAGAGAGAUGAAAGGAAAAAGAUGUUGCAUCCAGAAGUAAAAUUGUCCAAGGAGAAACAUUCACAAGCUCAAACAAAGUUGAAUAUGAAGUUGAAGCAAAUGCAGUUGGAAAGAAAAUCUAAGGGACCAAAGAAAAAGUAAAUUAUUGUUUGGUUUACUGUAUUUUACAGUUUGAAAAAUAAAAUUACUUUUGUAAAUUUCUAGUUUUUAAGUUUAAUAUAAUUUUGUAAAAUGUAUAUAGCUACAUAUUAAAUACAGUAUAGUCACAAAACAAUCAAUUUUUUCUAACAACAAGGUAAUAAUAACGUUUAUUAAUAUCACAGGAUAAAAAACAGGCUUCAGUCGCAUUAUCACUUCAUUGAUAUUCAGUAUU